AUGAAUGCUAUUUCCAUUCCAGUGUCUCAUUUGCUGCACCAGCUAGUUUGCAUUGACACAGCAAGAUCUACAGACUGCAUUUCGCACAUGGACGCUUGUGUUUCUCCACACGUCUGCAAAAGUGAACAGGCUGUUCUCAGAAAUAUCUGUCAUUUUAAAGAUGGAGACUGCCACAUGACUGACGCAAAGGUCUGUAAGGCCACUCUUCAGAUGAUGUUAAGCCGCUCACCUGCAUUGGGACAGUGUGUUUGUUCUGGGACAGAUCCAUGCAGCACUCUACAACAGCUGUACUCUCAGUGCCAGCAUCAUUGGGUACAUCACACCAACCGAUCCUGUCUUGAAGAGAUAGUGGCUUGUCUUGGGGAGAAAGCCUGUAACAGCCGGAUGGUGCCAUUUGUUCAGGAAUGCAACGCUUACCAAUGCAACCCCAGCCAGUGCAGAGAGGGACUGAGGCAGUUCUACUCGGCUCUUCCUUACAAUGUGGCUGAGAAACUGGUGUUCUGUGACUGUGAAAGAGAAGACCAGGAAUGCCAGCAGAUGAAGGCCUCUCUACACUCUGGAUCCUGUGUGAGUGACCAGUCGCAGACACCCUGGACCUGCCUGGAGGCUUUGGACAGCUGUUCUGAAGAUAUAUUGUGCAGGUUAGCACUGAACAUUGAUGGCAUAGCAUUGACAAAACGAUUUGCACUAGGAUAUAAUCUAUUGCGUUGUCUGGACCCCUACUUCUUUCUUGGGCACGACCUCCAAUGCAGGGUGGCAUUUGUUGAAACAAUGGGUUCAAUACUUCAUCAACCAUGCACUUGUGAUGGAUUAAAUCAUCAUGAUCAGUAUAAGUGCAAUGAGCUGAAACACAUUUUCCAAGACAAGUCCCUAUUCAGGACCAAAGAAAAUUUCAGACAUGGAGGAGAAUCCCCUGAAAUAAACACUGGGCACCAGCCAACCAGUGAAACAAGCACUGGGCAGCAGUGGUUAAGUAGUGAAAAUGUCCGAUAUGGACAAUUCGAUGAUUCAAGCAAUGGGCAGCGACCAACCAAUGAAUCAAGCAUUAAGCAGCAAUGGUUGAGUGAUCAACCAUUCUACUUACUGAUAUAUAUCUCUGCUUUAAUGGUGGUGGUAUUGUUCGUGGUCAGCCUUGUUUUGCACAGACUGUGGAGAAUACACCAAGCUGCUAGUAAACCAACUUUUGAGGCCCAUCAGUCAAAGUCUCUGAUGUUGUCUUCUGUUAUUAUUUGAGUGAUGUGAAGUGGCAGUGAUAUGUAUACUUUGCACAAUGUAGUUACAUCUUUCACUGUGAAUUUGAAAUAUUCUGGCUCAUGCUAUGAUAUCUUAUUAUAUUGGAUGAAAAAAGAAACUGUUGGGCAUAACUUGAUUUUAUCCAUAUGGUAUUCACAACAUA